CCGAGCGGGCGCCGGCGGGUUGGGGUCCCCGCAACCCGGGCACAGUGUCCACCGCGCCUCCGUCCCCACCCUGCCCGGGGCUCGGGAAACCCCUCGAGCUGUCAGCUGGGGGGCUGCAAAGCGGAGUUCCCGGAGCCCCAGCCGGCGCUAAGACGGAAGAAACUUUCCGAUUGUUUGCAGUCCUUUUGGGAUUCCGAGGCUGCUACUGUAAUUAGUGUCGGGGCAGGGCUGUGGAGUCAGUUUGCAGUUUGGCGUUCCCUCCCCUAGGUCGUAGGUGGGGGGUCAGCGAGAGAGGCCAUCCUGCAGUGGGGCGACGUUGCGAGGAAGCUGACCCUGAAAAGUGAUCCCGAUGGUUAAGGGUUCUCUCCGAAAAGGAAGCUGAAAAGCAUCGAGUCUAGAAAAAAUGUUCGUCCUAGAGUUUUAGAAUCUUGGAAAAGCAGAGAUAAGUGGGACCACUAGUUUUUAACCUUUAGGGAUACAAGGACUUUUUAGCAAACGAUGCAGAACAAGGCAUAUCUUGUUAAGAAGCUCACAGCCCUGUCCCCAAAGCCAGGGACCCCUCGUGAAGAACACUUUGUGUUCAGUCCCCCUCCUUCGACACAUGAGCAAAGUGAGGCCCAGGAAGAAGCCAAGAAGAAAGCACCCUGUCCUGGACUUGGCUUGUUUUACACAUUAUUGUCUGCCUUCCUUUUCUCAGUGAGCUCUUUAUUGGUUAAAAAAGUGCAAGACGUCCAUGCUGUAGAGAUUAGUGCGUUUCGAUGUGUGUUCCAAAUGCUAGUUGUUAUCCCUUGCUUAAUAUACAGAAAAACUGGGUUUAUAGGCCCAAAAGGUCAACGAAUUUUCCUCAUUCUCAGAGGAGUCCUUGGUUCUACUGCCAUGAUGCUUAUAUACUAUGCUUACCAGACAAUGUCCCUCGCUGAUGCCACAGUUAUCACGUUUAGCAGUCCAGUGUUUACAUCCAUAUUUGCUUGGAUAUGUCUCAAGGAAAAAUAUAGCCCUUGGGAUGCUCUUUUCACCGUGUUCACAAUCACUGGAGUGAUCCUUAUCGUGAGACCACCAUUUUUGUUUGGUUCCGACACUUCGGGGAUGGAAGAAAGCUAUUCAGGCCACCUUAAGGGAACAUUCGCAGCAAUUGGAAGUGCCGUAUUUGCUGCAUCAACUCUAGUUAUCCUAAGAAAAAUGGGAAAAUCUGUGGACUACUUUCUGAGCAUUUGGUAUUAUGUAGUACUUGGCCUUGUUGAAAGUGUCAUCAUCCUCUCUGUAUUAGGAGAGUGGAGUCUGCCUUACUGUGGGUUGGACAGGCUUUUUCUCAUAUUCAUUGGGCUCUUUGGUUUGGGGGGCCAGAUUUUUAUCACAAAAGCACUUCAAAUAGAAAAAGCAGGGCCAGUAGCAAUAAUGAAGACAAUGGAUGUGGUCUUUGCUUUUAUCUUUCAGAUUAUUUUCUUUAAUAAUGUGCCAACAUGGUGGACAGUGGGUGGUGCUCUCUGUGUAGUAGCCAGUAAUGUUGGAGCGGCCAUUCGUAAGUGGUACCAAAGUUCCAAAUGAAGCAUCAUUGCUGAAAUACAUAUUUUUUUCAAGUACACCAUCACCUAAUUCACAUACAGCAUACGCACACAUCUGGAAAAUCUGCAUUUGCUUCAUUGGUUAUAUUUAAUAAAUUGCCUAAAGUACUAUUUUUGAAUAUAGUAUGUCUUUAGUUAAGAAUAGCUAGUCUGUUUGGUGUAACAAUUUUUUGGUAGCUUUGGUUUUGGUUUUGGUUUGUUUUUUUUGUUGGGGUCAAGUUGGUGAGAGGAGAGCUCCUUGUUUGAAGAAAAACCAAAAAAUUUUAUGGCUAGUAAUAUUAUAUGUAAUUUUUAAAAUGUAUUUUUGGUACUGAUGGGAUAUGGGUGGGGAGGCUAUUUUAGAUAUUCCUUUAGCAGUGUAGAGCCUAAGAAACUUGGUCCUACCACCAUGAUCUUUUAUAUACUAUGCCUUCAAGACAAUUGAUAAUGCUGCUAUAAUUAGUAUUAUGUUGAUAAUUCAUUUGCAACCUUAUUCUAUUUAGGAGGAUGAAGUUGAAGCUUAGAAUAGGUGCCUGCUUAAUGGUGUUAAUAAUACAAAUGAAUUGGCCUUAUUUUCAAGGAUUUUAUAAAUGAUUAUCAUACUUGUAACUCAUAUUUGUGCCUUUUCAUUUUAAUGCUGGAAUUUUUAUUAUGUUACCUCUAAAACACUUAAAUUGCCAAAUUUGGCUAGUAGUUUUGUUUCAGUGGCAUUAGCAACUUCAGCUAGCAUUCUAUAAUUUUAAUUGUCCUCACUUUUUUUUGAAACUGCACUAAAUUUUUCUUAACAUUCCAAGAUUUCAGAUCUUUAAAUCACAAAGAGAAAUCUUGGCAUGACCAGUGUGCACGUUUCCAUCCUGAAGUGUUUUUUCUUCACUAGAAAUGUGAUUUUCUAUAAAUUCCCCUUGAAUUUAUAGUGUGAUGCCAAAUAAAAUUUUCUCAGGAUCUUAUUAGGUUGAACCAUAUGUAAUUGCCAAGAUUUUACUAUUUUAACUUAGAAAAACCGUAGUUUUUGGCCGGGCGCGGUGGCUCACGCCUGUAAUCCCAGCACUUUGGGAGGCCGAGGUGGGUGGAUCACGAGGUCAGGAGAUCGAGACCACGGUGAAACCCCGUCUCUACUAAAAAUACAAAAAAUUAGCUGGGCGCGGUGGCGGGCGCCUGUAGUCCCAGCUACUUGGGAGGCUGAGGCAGGAGAAUGGCGUGAACCCGGGAGGCGGAGCUUGCAGUGAGCCGAGAUAGCGCCACUGCACUCCAGCCUGGGCGACAGCGAGACUCCAUCUCAAAAAAAAAAAAGAAAAAUCAUAGUUUCCUGUGAUUCACCCUAAUAGAUACCUCCCUUAUUCUCUAAAUGAAAUAGAAGACUUUGGAGUAUAUGUUUUUAAAGUAAUUUUUUAAACUAUGGUAAUGUAUUAAACUUAUUUUUAUAGUUAUGAAAUUAUAUGUAAUAAUGCUCUAUGUUAUACAUUAAAUGUAAAGACUUGUGAAUCCAUGUUUGAUUGACUUUCAUAGUUUCCUGCAUUGAAAUAAAAUCACUAUAAAUUCUA